CUCAUUUCUUAACAUUUUCUUUGGCGAAAUUCGUGCAAUUCUAUUUUAUGGACCAUAAAGUAUCAUUUUUAUGCAUGGCCCUAUUUUCCUACAAAUAUACUUAAUGGAUUGGGUUCAACGUUUGCUUCUUGCUGAAAAAGACAUUUGCGCACUGGAAAGCAAAUAUGGCUGACUUGUUAAUACUUGGUCACAUAUUCUGAGAUUUGACUUAAGGAAACCCUUUCUGUGUUUGUAAACACUUUCCCCCAUUAAAGCAAUAAUUGCAUGUCUGGGCUGCAAAAUUGUCUUUAUCUAUGGCUGCCUCUUCCCUUUAUCUCCGUGAACCUUAUCUCUGCACAGCACUGCUGCAUUGCCUAAUCGUUAUGGUACCUCAGCCAGAGCGAAACGUUGCCCCUCACCAGUGAUAGCCCUUGGCCAAAACAUCUGUCUGGCAGAAACAGCUUUGGGAGGGGGGAGGGGGGAGGGUAAGUCUGCGUAGAGGUGUGUGGCUUAAUCUCUGAGGAACACACACCCUCCUUGUACAUCCCCAGGGCUGGAGGUGCAGUGCAAGGGUCAAAAAUCAGAGUAGGGGUAAAUCUCUGGGGCAAGAAAGGGCUAUACUGCCAAAAGGAUACCCGUGCUAAACACCAAACACAUAAAAAAAACAAAGCAAAACAAAUAUUAUAUCAGUCUCUUUUUUGGAUGUCAGGAGUUUUUGUUACUGUGCAUGUGGUUACAGUUUAUUUUCAUGGCUUGGUUGCCAGUCUUUUGAUUUUAUGUGGGUGGGUCUCCUUUAGUUGUGGGUUUUGCAUCAUUUCUUGCUCGGGGCAGGAGAGAAUGGCCUUCAAACAGCUGGUAAGGUCUGAUUACAUCUAUCCUGAUGAACAAAAGCGGACUGGCGGCGGAACAGCCCAGAAAUUAAUACACAUCAUCUGCAGGAACACCCAAACUUACUCAAGAUUACUUUCCGUCAAGAAAUCUGCUGGCCUUCAUGUUUACUUAUGUUUCUUAUUUAGCCACAGCUGCUCUCGAGAUAAAUCACAUUCGAGGCUGGGAAGUUUAUUGUCUGUGGGAAAAGGGAAAGGGAAGAAGUGUCUUCGCAUGUGCGUCUAACCCCAACCCAAAUGUGCUUUUUCGGAGAGGGGGCGCCUUCCUGGCCCUGAAACCAAACUACGACGAAAUGAUCACACGUACGUGGAAAAUAAAGUUGUCCAGUCAGCUCUCAAAGUCUAGGACAAACAGGCACGGGGUGAGACAUCUGGAUAGCCUCUCUGUCUCGUGUUCACCCCACCGAGUUUCCUGUUAUGCCUCGCUUCAGCAACAGUAAAAGUUCAGACUCUGUUCAGCCGCCGUAGCUGGAGAAAGCGUACCACCGUUGUGUUCUCUGACAUGAGGAUAAUGCUCUGCUUUCUGGCAAUUUUUCUGUCUGUAGCCUUGGCUUCUACAAAUGAGACAAUGAAAGAUCCUAUCUGUCCGACAUGCAACCAUGAGUCAUGUGACUGGGUUGAAUGCUACAAGAAUUUUGUUAUUUUCAAAUGCCUUCCGAGCUUUGAAAAGAGUUUGACGGAUUAUAAUAACCACGAAAGGUGCACAUGGGAUACAAUAAAACGAUCUUACACUGAAUUCACCAUGUGCACCGAGCUGUACGCCGACUCCCUCAGGGUCCCGUGGCCCAACCAGCUGGUGGAGGACACCUUCGUGUGGAUUCACGCCAAGUACUUCCAGGAUUGUCUGGUCACUGAAUUAUACGACCCCCCUCCCAGUAUCAUCUUCGUCCUAGUGAUGACUCCAAUCUGCCUCAUACCGGUCAUGGUUACACUGGUGGUGCUGAAGACCAAAAACGGCGAUAGCACCUCCUGAUCGCCACAGAACUCAAGCCCCAUCCUUCUCGCUACUUCCUUCACUCAGGCAACCAUAUGGCCCACAGGGAACCAAAUUACCAUCCCAUGAAGUCUUCAGCUACUUCACACAUUUUAUGUGACCACGGCACAGUCAUUCUACUUUUAUACUCUGAAUGAGCCUUCAGACCUUCUACGUACUGCCUUGAAGUACCCUACGAAAAAAAUGUCGUCAGCUCUUUGGCUGAGAGUCACUUCAUUACCGUCCACUCUACAGUUAAUGGGUUUUAUGCAAGCAAGAUAACUGCUUUUUCACUUUGAGGUGCAAUUCCAACAAUAGAACAAAGCCAGGUCUAUCAAUUGUCCAAAGCGUCAAAAAAAAAAAAAAUCCAUUAACUAUUUUUUUGUUGUGGAUACAUCAUUAUGGCUAUCGCUCUUGAGCUCAGCCUGGUCUUCCCCUGGCCACAGAAGUGAGUGAUGAGAUAUCGACAAAUAGGGGACAGGACAGGAUUCUUCAGGUGUCAUUCUUGAAUGAUCUCCCUCAGCCGACAUGUGACUGGCCAGUCCUGACUCAGUCACUUAACGACGUAUGCUGAAAGCAUUAACGAAUUGUACACCAAACUAGAUGUGAUGAACGAGGAGCUUGUCUUGGCUUUUAGAUUUGAAUUGCUAAAUGUUUUUUUUUUCUGAUACUGGUGGUAACCCCAAGGACAGCCAAAAUAUACUUGGAAUGUUGCAUCAGACAAAUGACAAGAGCUGGAUGGCUUGCAUGUAUUUAAGCAACACAAAGAUCAUUUCAUGGUUAUGACCCUUUAAGGGAUAGUGAACAUUUCCGUCGCUACCUGCAUUUGAGAUUCUUAUGACCUGUAACCAGUGCUUAAUUUGUGCAGUUCAGAGCAGUUUGCGCUACACCAGCUCAAACUUAAAAUUAAUAAUAGUUCAACUUUGGAACAAAUUGGCCUACACAUUGAACUAAAGAAAUAUAUAUUUAUAAAAUCAGCUGUGCUGUAUUUCUUUGAUAUACAUCCACCUAAAUUAGUAUGUUUUGCUUUUUUGACUUUUGAUUUGAAAGAGAAAAAUCACACCACGUGCAUGCAGUAAAAUCCACUUUUUGGCCCCUAAUAUAGGCUUAGGUGAGAUUAUCUUCUGGACCAUUAAACUCACCUAAGAGGGUAAGUCAUCUUAUACUGUGAUGGAACUAUCAGGUGUAGAUGCAGUUGUUUAAGCAGUUAAUAGCGCAUUACAGUUAAGACUGAUUAGUCUAGGUGACGUCACUGAAAGGCAGCGUGCUGCAGCUCCUCAUAUAACGGUGAUCGCAGUUGGUCUCUGGGAUACUUAUGAGGUCCGACACCUCAGAGUUUACAAACUAAGCACUGCCUGUAACCUUAGCUUCCGCUAUGAAUUUUUUAUAAUUCCCCCCCCCAAGUAUAACUUUGUUAAACAGAAAUGCUGGCAGCUUUUCUACUUGUUGUUUAAUAAGCGUGACACCUGAGAAGCUGUCAAGUUAUUCAGUAAAAUCGCGCAUAUGGGGACCAAUGUAUAUUUUCAAGUGAGCGGUAGAGGACAAUAGCAGGAAGAUUGCGGUUUCCUGCCUUUGUCUCCGGACCAGUAUCCUUCCCCAGGGCUGCAGUACACCAGUGAAUACAUUCCAGAAUAUUUAUUCAGGCAUAAUGUUGUACCUUAAUGAGCACAAGACUUUUAAGACAAUUGGUAUUUCUGCCAUGUUUUUCAGUUUUUUAUUUGUUAGCAAAUACUGUUGAAAUAAAAACUUAUAUUAAACAAUA